CGUGCGCGGCCGCUGCGCACUCGGCACUGGGCGGCGCUGGCUGGCUCCCUGGCUGCGGCUCCUCAGUCGGCGGCGGCUGCUGCUGCCUGUGGCCCGGGCGGCUGGGAGAAGCGGAGUGUUGGUGAGUGACGCGGCGGAGGUGUAGUUUGACGCGGUGUGUUACGUGGGGGAGAGAAUAAAACUCCAGCGAGAUCCGGGCCGCGAACGAAAGCAGUGACGGAGGAGCUUGUACCACCGGUAACUAAAUGACCAUGGAAUCUGGAGCAGAGAACCAGCAGAGUGGAGAUGCAGCUGUAACAGAAGCUGAAAAUCAACAAAUGACAGUUCAAGCCCAGCCACAGAUUGCCACAUUAGCCCAGGUAUCUAUGCCAGCAGCUCACGCAACAUCAUCUGCUCCCACCGUAACUUUAGUACAGCUGCCCAAUGGGCAAACAGUUCAAGUCCAUGGAGUUAUUCAGGCGGCCCAGCCAUCAGUUAUUCAGUCUCCACAAGUCCAGACAGUUCAGUCUUCCUGUAAGGACUUAAAAAGACUUUUCUCCGGAACGCAGAUUUCAACUAUUGCAGAAAGUGAAGAUUCACAAGAGUCAGUGGAUAGUGUAACUGAUUCCCAAAAACGAAGGGAGAUUCUUUCAAGGAGGCCUUCCUACAGGAAAAUUCUGAAUGACUUAUCUUCUGAUGCACCAGGAGUGCCAAGGAUUGAAGAAGAGAAGUCUGAAGAGGAGACUUCGGCCCCUGCCAUCACCACUGUAACAGUGCCAACUCCGAUUUACCAAACUAGCAGUGGACAGUAUAUUGCCAUUACCCAGGGAGGAGCAAUACAGCUGGCUAACAAUGGUACCGAUGGGGUACAGGGCCUGCAAACAUUAACCAUGACCAAUGCAGCCGCCACUCAGCCGGGUACUACCAUUCUACAGUAUGCACAGACCACUGAUGGACAGCAGAUCUUAGUGCCCAGCAACCAAGUUGUUGUUCAAGCUGCCUCAGGAGAUGUACAAACGUAUCAGAUUCGCACAGCACCCACUAGCACCAUUGCCCCUGGAGUUGUUAUGGCAUCCUCCCCAGCACUUCCUACACAGCCUGCUGAAGAAGCAGCACGAAAGAGAGAGGUUCGUCUAAUGAAGAACAGGGAAGCAGCACGAGAAUGUCGUAGAAAGAAGAAAGAAUAUGUGAAAUGUUUAGAAAACAGAGUGGCAGUGCUUGAAAACCAAAACAAGACACUGAUUGAGGAGCUAAAAGCACUUAAGGACCUUUACUGCCACAAAUCAGAUUAAUUUGGGAUUUAAAUUUUCACCUGUUAAGGUGGAAAAUGAACUGGAUUGGCCACAACCAGAAAGACAAAAUAAACAUUUUAUUUUCUAAACAUUUCUUUUUUUUCUAUGCGCAAAACUGCCUGAAAGCAACUACAGAAUUUCAUUCAUUUGUGCUUUUUGCAUUAAACUGUGAAUGUUCCAACACCUGCCUCCACUUCUCCCCUCAAGAAAUUUUCAGCGCCAGGAAUCAUGAAGAGACUUCUGCUUUUCAACUCCCACCCUCCUCAAGAAGUAAUAAUGUGUUUACUUGUAAAUUGAUGGGGGAAAUGAGGAAAAUGAAAUCUUUUUUUAAAUGAUUUCAAGGUUUGUGCUGAGCUCCUUGAUUGCCUUAGGGACAGAAUUUCCCCAGCCUCUUGAGCUGAAGUAAUGUGUGGGCCGCAUGCAUAAAGUAAGUAAGUUGCAAUGAGGAAGUGUUGAUUGCCAAAUUGACAUGUUUUCACAUUUUCAUUGUAAAUUAUGUAAAAUUGUUAAAAGACACACCCUCCAAAAAAGAAUUUUAGUAUGGUGUUGAAGAAAUUAGGAAUGAAUUCGGAGUACUUUCUCUGUAUGUUCUUUUCUUCAGUACUGAAAAGUUGUCCUUGGUUCUUAAAAACAUUCUGUAUUUAACUACAGCUCUUCCCUAGGGCAGUUGUUGCUUCUUAAUCCAGUUCUGUAUGUGUUCAGCAUUUUUGAAUACAUUAAAAGAAGUAACCAACUGAAUGAAAAAGCAUGUUAUUUGAAUUUUAAAUUAAAUCAAGAAAUAAAAGUACAAAGAUUAUUUUAGUUAGUAUUAAAUCUUAGUAAAAAAAUGCUGGCUAGUAAACUAUCCCCUUGAGUUAUAUAACAAGGUUUUUAAAUAAAAGUUUUUGUCCUCGCCUUCAAAAAUAUUUAUAUCGUCACUCAUUUACUUAAAAAGAUAUUUCUAAUUUGCUGCUGCCCUUUGCACUUACAUUGUACCACCAACAGAAAAGCCUUCAAGAUGUUAAAGAAAGCAAAGUGAUAUAUAUUUAUGUUAUAGAAAAAUACUGAUUUUUAAAUCUUUUCCAGAUUCACAUGCUUUAUCAGAGAACCUCUAGUGAAUUUUUUAAGUGAAGAAUUGAUAAAGAUAUGGUUCUAAAAAGUACAGUGUUAGAUGUGCACAAGGAAAGUUAAUUUUCUUCAGAAUCUACAGUACUAUAAUAUUUGGACUAUCAUUCUUAUAAAACAUUUGUGUUCUUCUAAAAAGGGUAGUUACAUUUUAGGUUUCCAAUAUACUGUAUAGCCUUUGUCAGUUAUAAAGGAGCUACCUUUUAAAAUUUCUGACUAUAACAGUCUGUAUGUAUCAUACAUUGUUUCCAGUAAUAUUUUUGAUUUCCCAUUUUAUUCACUAAGCCUAAUAAAUCUAAAAGUUACCCUUUAAAAGAAAAAUAUAAGAACAAGGUAGAUUUUUUUUAAAUUGGACACUGAUAUGAUGUUAGAUUAUGAUUUCUUAUUUUAGAAGGAAAUUCCUUUUUAAAAAGUCAAGCAACUUAGAAAAUUAAUGUUGCCUAUUUAGUCAUAGGUUAUUUAAGAAAGUUAAAUUUGUUUAUCAUGAUAACAAUGCAGAUACAAGUGUUAGUUUAUUGGGUCCAUUUUUAAAAAAGAUUUUUAAUAUUUGUAAAUGUUAUAUUUUUGUUUGUAACAAACCAUUGUCUUUUUUCAAGGAUGAACAGAGUUUAUGAAGGAGCAUCAUUCUAAGAAUUGAGUGAUGUAGUCUUUAUAUUUGGACAGUUCACCAGAUUCUCAAGAAGGCUUUCAAACGGCUGUAAAGUUUGAUGUUUGUCCUGCUGAGCUAAUGGGGAAAGUGAUAGCAUAAAAUUGUUUGUAUACCAGCAUAGAUGUCAUUUUCUAAACUUGGUGUUAACUGAAACCAAGCAAAAAUCACAAUUAUGUUCACAAACUGGAAUUAUUUCACAUUGAGUCAAAAUGUCAAAUUGAAUAUUUUGAAUGUCAUAAGCAUUAUAAGUGAAAAAUUGGUGUGUGGCAAGUUGUAAUCUCUAAAGUUGCCCAUCUUUUCAAAAGUUGCAGGUUUCUACUUAACUAGGAAAUUAGUGGUCCUCUUGAUCCCUGAUAAAUUAAGGCAAUCAUGUUCAUAUUAGCUGGGUGCAUUUAUAAGUUACAAAGACCUGUCCUCUCUGCCUUGAGGAUGAUUGCACUGGUUUGAAGUCAGUUACUUUAAUAGCGAGGUGAGAAAUGUAUUGUGUUGCUAUAUCUGUUUUAGACUCUUGGAGAGACUUGAAGAUUUCAGUUUAUACAGACAGAAAUCAAGCAUCUUUUGUGCAGGCUUUUUUUUUUUUAAUAUAAGAAUUAGGAAAAAUGUGUGUGUUUUUAAGCUUGUAACUUUGAGAAUCUUUAUUAAGAAAAUGACAUAAUAAAAAAAAAAUCUUGUACCAAGAAUAUAUGUGGCCACAUUACCAGUAAUAAAUGUUUUUCUCUUCAUAUUGGCCAAAAGGGAAUGACAAUAUCAUAGGAAUCUGUACAUAUGCUACUGAUUUGCCUAGAAAAUAGCAAGUUUGGUACCGCUCACUUUGCAAAUAUAGGGCCAUGUGGCACUUUUAUCUAUAGGACAGAUUAACUAAUAAAAAUGAUUGGGGAGGGGUUUAUUUUUGAUAUAUUACUCAUGAGUUUUCAAGCUUUGAUAGCAUUUAACUGAAAAGUGGCUUAGAAAGGGCUAGAUCCAAUGUGUUCAUAUUAAAAAAAUCGAUGAGAUGCAAUUUUAAGUUCAUUCUUUUUAAAACUCAAGUACCAUAUUGGCAACCAUAAUAUUGUCAUAGGUGCUCUGUUUGUUUAGAUGGGGGGGUGAAGAAAUGGCAUUUGUAUAAUAUAUGUGUACAUAUAUAUAUAUAUACAUACAGUAUAUAAUCUAAAGCUCUGAGAGCUCUUAAGUCAGGAAUGCUGAGUAUUAUAGUAUACUGAGGUCAGAUGAAAUUUUACAUUUUUGUGUGUUCUAUUGCAUCCCUUCUGAUAGUUUCUAUGACUGCAUUACUCUGGCACUCAAUGAUUGAUUUUAUUUUCUAAUUUUUUCCAAGUAUUUUAUUUUUUUUUUUAUUAGUUCUCUUUGGCUUGAUACUUUUAAAUAUGCUACUAGUCACUUGAAAACUCCCCACUCCCCAGAAAUAUUUGGGUUUUCUUCUGCUUUGUCUCUGGCAGCUAUUAACAGUGGUAAGAACAUUUUGAAGAUAGCUUUUAAAAAGAACCACUGAUUUUUCAAAAAUCAUCCUGGGGGAGGAAUUUUGGUGUUUUAUUUGAGCAGGGAUUUUGUCAGAAAAUGUAUUUUGGUGGUAGGUCAGCAUCAGUGCUAGGAUCUGAAAGCACAAUACCAAUCAAGCAGGCUGUCCGAUCAGAAGUCAUCUGGCUGAAGUUUGUCUCUCAGGACUAAUCCCUACUGUUUGACCAUUUGGGUGACAGGUGGAAUCAUACAAAGGCUUGUAUAAACCAGGAUGCUCUUACUUACUUGAAGUGACUUAAAUCUAGAUUUCUUCUUCUCGUGUUUAAUACCUUUUAAAUUCUGUGAUCAGCUAUAUAUAGUCAGCUAAUUAACAAAUUGGUCUCUUUAUCAAAAGCCGCUUCAUUUGCAGGACUCAUGUAGUAGAAAUAGUGGUUACAUACCUUUUCAUUUCUUCUCAAGAGGUUUUAUUUUGUUGCUUUUGUAACUCAGAAAACUGUUGGUAUAUUAUUUCCCAUUGACCUAAAACAAACGUUGUAUAUUUAUUUGGAUUAUAUUUACAUUAAUUCUUUGUAAAUGUUUGGUGUAACUUGCACUUUUAAAAAAGACCCAGUUUGGGUAUCAGCAACUUAAGAAAUUUCCUCAUCAAUUAUCAACUGACUUAGUCUUUCUCCUCUCUCCAAAUCAUGUGAUAUUUUUAAAUGGAAGCUUUUCAUCAAUUAAAAUAUUUUAACACCUAAAAGCUAGCCUUAAAAAUGCUGUGAAAGCAAAAUAUCUGGAAAUGUUUGACUAUCCCAGUUAAUUAAAAGAGGGACUCAAACCUUAAGUUUUUUCAUCAUGGAUAAUAAAGACUGAAGGAAAAAUAAAAGAAUAAUAUGUAAUUUUAAAUGAGAUUUUAUCCUCACCCCAACAUUAAUAUUAUGUGUAGUUUGCCAAAAUAAUCCAUUUUUCCAGAAUAGUAAAAGGUUUUUUAAAGCAAUUAAGUAUUAUCAUUAUGGGAGACCACAUGUCAUUUUUACUAGAUUAUUCUCAUUUUAAAUUGGCUUUGUUAUUAACAUUCAAAGAAAUGCUACCUAAAUUUGAUCUCAGAUAAGAAGGGGCAAGUAUGAAGUGUGCUUUAGUAAGCCUACAGGUGAAAAAUUAUGAGAUGAAUUUCUUCACUUGGUUGUACAAAGCACAACUGGAACUUUUUUAUUGGGUGGCUUACAUACAUCUUGAAUACUUUUAAUAUUAAUAAUGUUGGGUUUUCAGUUGACUAAAGAGUCACUCUAUGUAUUAGGAACUGGUUUCCUUGACUUUCUAGAAUUGAUGGCCAGGAGAGGCAUUAAUCCUUGAGGGGAUGAACAUAUCAUUCAGUUGAGUCAGUAUGGAAGAAUUUCUUAUAAAUCAAACAGGGUGCUGCAGUUCCAUCUGUCUCCUCUGCUUAUGAUAAGUUCUUACUGAUGAGUGAAUGUAGCGUAAGCCUUUGUAUGGGUCCUCAGGGGGCAGACAAACUUAAGAGGGACCAGAUAACAUUUGAAUGGAGGAAUUAUAUUUCAGGUGUUUUAGCUUGAAAUUUUAUUUUUUAAAAAAAGAAAAAUUAAAAAAAAAAAAUAAAGCCUGUGAAGCAAGUUGAUAUAUAAGCAGGCAGAAUUGUUUAGCACAGAAAGAAAAUAUU